AUGGCUUCCUCGAUGCCUCUCGUCACGCUGGAGGAGCACUAUGUUGAUCAUCAGGUGCUCGGCACCUCGCAGGAGGAUGCAUUCGCUUAUUCCGCCUUCCCCCAGCCCUUGAUGGACAAGCUGGCCUCGCUGGGCGACGACCGCCUCGCCGACCUCGACGCCAACUCCAUCUCCAUGCAAGUUCUUUCCCACGCGCCUGUCGAUCCAUCUCCACACGUCUGCCGCGGGGCCAAUGACCGUUUGGCCGCGACCGUCCGGAGAAAUCCUACCCGCUACGCUGCCUUUGCCCUCCUGCCCAUGGUUGAUCCCCAAGCUGCAGCCGAGGAGUUGAACCGCUGCGUGCGCGACCUUGGCUUCGUCGGCGCUCUGGUCAGCAACCAUCACAAAGGCUCUUUCUACGACGACCCUCGCUAUUGGCCCGUCUUUUCCACUGCCCAGGGCCUGGACGUGCCUGUCUACAUCCAUCCCGCCUUCCCCUCCCAGGACAAAAUCUACCAGUACCGCGGCCACUACUCGGAGCCAAUUGCCCAGAUGCUGGGCGCCUGGGGCUGGGGCUGGCACUGCGACGUCGGCCUCCACGUCCUCCGCCUGUACGCCGCUGGCCUGUUCGACCUCUUCCCGAAACUAAAGAUCGUCAUUGGGCACAUGGGAGAGAUGUUGCCGUUCCAGCUGGACCGCAUCAUCGAUAUCACCGAGGGCAUGAACACGCCCGAGUGGAACCGCCAGCGUGGGCUCCGCCAAGUCUGGGAGAGCAACAUCUGGAUCACCACAUCGGGCAUGUUCUCGCUCGCUCCCAUGACAUGCUUGUUGAAGGUCACAUCUCCCGACAAGAUCAUGCUCAGCGUCGACUAUCCCUUCUCGGCUAAUGAGAAAGGCAAACAAUUCAUCGAUGACCUCUGGAACAGCGGCCUUGUGAGUGGGAGGGAUGUGGAGGGCAUUGCGUAUAGGAACGCUGAGGCUUUGUUGAAGAUUCGUACCGGCGAAGAUAACGGCUACAGCAACCUUGCGCACAAACGCGCAUUGGGCGAGGGCGUCAACGACAACUCGUUGAGAAAGAAGCGUGGAAGGCCUCCAAAAGAUUCCGAUAUGCCUCCCUCCGAACCGGGUGCUCAAGUGCCCAUCUCCCCCGUCGAGAGUGAGGCCGCCGCUCGUCGCAUGGAGAAGAGGAGAUGCCAGUACUGUCAGAGGAUCUUCAGCAGAAUCGAACAUCGAGUACGCCAUGAGAAGACUACCCACAUGGGGGAGAAACCCUUCCAAUGCCAAUACUGCUCAAAGGCUUUCUCAAGAAGCGACAACUUUCACCAGCAUCUCCGUACUGUCCACAGCAGCGAGACAGCCUCUACUAACCAACAGAACGGUGAUAACAACACCGGCUCCAACAGCAACGACGGCAACAGCACGAACGACCAAUCGGGAACGGUCUUUGAUCAGUCAGAUACUGCGACAUCCUUCUUCGAGGGUCUUCAAACGUACGCGAAUGAAAACAACAGCCCCGCUGAAGCCCAGGAAGGUUCCUGGGACUAA